AAGCCGCGGUUCCCAUCGCCAAACGAUGCGGAGGCCAUGACGCUUUUGCAGAGAAGUGUGAAGAGCAGGCGGAGUGUUUGUAAUGGUGUUCGGCAGUACCGCUGCGCCUCAGCCUGCCCUGCCCUGCUGCCUCGCGGAGCUGGCUGGCCGAGGCACAAGGCUGAAGGCGCGAGGCUGGAGGCGCGAGGCUGGAGGCGCAAGGUUGGGGGCCGCCAAGCACGAGCCUGGUCGCGGUCGCUCACUCUUGUCAUGAACCAAGACAAAGUCGUUCGAUUAGAUAUCUCGGCUGCCCAGCCGUGCCACGGCCAUGAGAAGACGUGGAACGAAGUGCUACUAGAACUCCAUUCCGCUCCAGUUCAGAUCAUAUUCGGCUCAGUCAAAUCGUUCUUGGAGACACCGCCAGAGGUUCAGGCGAAGCUCAAACAGAAGUUGGAAAUUCCUGGCCUGUUUCUCGACAGAAUGAGUCUCCAAUCGAACGGCUUUUCCGGGUAUGAAGUCUCGCUUGGUCAGAAUGAGAGAGUAGAGUCUUACACGUUAUGGUCUCGCUUCACCGUCAAGCAGACGUACGACACCUUGAAGCCAAAAAGGACGUUCACGCCACACGUCUCAAACCACCAGUCGGGUACAGACGGUAGGGACGCUGAGAUCAUCGUUCAUGGGCCACAGAGUGCACGAUACGGAUGGGAGUGGUACGAGAUGGGGUUCAUUGCGUGCUGGAACCCGUCGGGACUGGUCACCCUCGUGUGCUUUGAUGUGCCCGAAAGGAUGCAAUCCAAUUUCCAGUCUUUGUUCGAUGCCAAUACCGUCGAUACUUCCUCCCCUCACGCCGUCUUUUCGCUCGUCUCGGAUGCGCUGCUUCGCGUAUACGAUGACUCUGUGUGGUCGCUCAGAAACCACAUCAGCCAAUGGGAAGCUAGACGAGCCCAAGAGACCGACUACUUUCUUUUGCACGAGAUCGCAAGACAUGGGGUGCAUGUCAGCGAAACGUUACGUGUGGCUAUACAAUCUCUCGACGCAAUAAUGCAACACCACGAGAAGUUCCGCAUGAACGUCAGCCUUUCCCAUGGAAAAAACCAACACAGUUGCUGGGAUAAGGUCGAGAGUCGAUUAGCGUUCCAGCUCAGGUUUCUGCAGGGACUGCUUGAACGGUCCGAGGCAAACAAUGCCCGGAUUCAGAAUGAAAUCACUCUCGCAUUCAAUACAGCAGCACAGGCGGACAGUAAGAUUCAGGUGCGCAUAGGAGAGGAAGCGAAGAGCGAGGCGUCGGCGAUGAAAGCGAUUGCCGUGGUUACCAUGGCUUUUUUGCCGGCCACCUUCGUCUCCGUGAGUCACCCAUCGAAACCUGAGAGAUGCAUGUUUUGGUAA